GCGAGCAAGUGAAUGUAGUCAGUCCUGGACGGACGGUCAAUCCGGAGUCCCACGAACCGCUCUUUCGAUCGGAAUUGAUCGGUUUGGAUCUAGCGCGUGAGAAAAGUUGCCGGGAAGAAAACAAGCUAGAAAAGUGAUUUAGCCGGUGUGCAAAUUUUGGAUUACCCUUUCUCGCGAGAUUUCGUGAGGCAGGGCUCGAGAGGAACACAAUGUCAGCAUCUGUGAGGGAGCGGACGGCGACGCACACCAGCAGGAAGAUCGUGAGUCAUGGCGGUCCUAUAUCUGGCCAGAGAGACGGCGCGGCCAACAGUCUCGAAAACAACUUAGACGCACUUCUCGAGGACCUGCAGACAAGCGUCUCGAGAAGUGCCACUCCUAGUCGAGACAGAACGCACUCACCCCAAGUUAUCGAAUAUCGGGUGCCUGCCAAUUCCACCAGGGUGAUAUCCGAGGGCAGGCCGAUGUCUCCAACUCGUUCGAAGGUGACAACCACUGAAAAAUUUGUUAGUAGCGGUCCAACCGGCACGACAAGCGGUAUUCCAGGACUAGAAUUUCUCGACGCGGAGCUGCAAAAUGUCCAACCCGGUCAAAGUAAAACGAUAGCGUACAAGCAAGUGUCUUAUCAGUACAACAAGGACUUGGACGGAAAACCAGAUUCGUGGACCAUAUCAGAAAGCAAACAGCCUCUCACUGGCGCGCCCUUGAUUGAGGACAUCCAUGAAAGAUCUUACGAAGAGACUAAAAAUCCAAUGACCUAUUCGUUUCAAAGCCCAAUAUCAGAACCGAUUAUUAAAAAAUCAGCGGUUAACAGAGAACUGGUCUACAGCGACAGCUCCACGUCUCGCUCGAAACAAACUUCCCCUUUGCCAGGGACUCAAAGGGAUGUCAAAUACAUUCACGAAACUAGUACGAACGCUCCUCAAGAGUACAAAACCAUCGAGUACGUACCGGUCCAGUCGCCAACUCCAGCGAUACCGAUCAAUCUGGCGCCCGGUCCGAACACAAAGGUAACCACCACGAUCAAGACGUACACCUACGAGCUACCGGGAGCGCCGGGGACGUAUCUACCAGGUGGCAAUGUGCCAGGGAACGUUGUGCUGCCCGGCGAUCAUACGAUCACGUAUACCUUGCCAAGAACCAGCGGCACCUCCACUACAGACAAAACAGUCACCUACCAGGUGACAGAGAAUGCACCGGGAGGUACACCAAGAUACAGCAGCCCGUCAACCGAUGUCACCGAGAAGACCACAACCUUUCACAAGGAGGCAAAAUUCUAUCGCGAAGAUUAUCUUGGAGGCGGUACACCGACGCAGUCUUAUCGCACUGGUCCACCGCCGACAAAUCUGGAAACAAAAACUACCGUGACCGAGAAGUAUUACCAGGCCGACGGUAAUUAUCCUAAUGGCCACGGUCCGAGCGAUCGUCCGGAUUAUUCUGGAAGCACUGUCAUAUACCAAAAUCAAGCACCCACCGUUGAGCACACCAGGACCGUUAAUCGGAUCGAGGAAUACAGACCUGGUAGAUCGCCGUCCAGCGGACGUUAUCCGCCUGAUAAACCGGACCCCCCGAUCAGGACGCACUAUUACUCGCAGCAGGGUACACCGCCGCAAUCUAAUACAACGAUCUACAAGUUCUCGAAUACUACGACAACAGUACCGCCGAACAAAAACGCAGACGAUCAUGAGGUUCUCCUGCCGAGACCAUUUCCAACUAGUGUUCAAGUGUAUUCGGCGAAGCCAACCACCAAUGGCGAAGGACCACCGACAAAACUGGAGGAUCUCAUGGCUUCGUUCUCUGACUCUGAGCGAGAAGUAUUAGAAGAUAUAGACAAGCAAGAACGCCGGUAUAAAAAAGAAGCGCCAGCCAAGAAGAAGGAAGUUGAUUUUCUUCCGCAUACGCCACCGAAAGUCAAAAGCAAGAAUGUGGCUGGACCACCGGUCUAUUAUCCUCCUGGCUCGGCGGAAUUCACCAGAAAGGAGGAAGCUAGCGCAGCCGCGUCACAAUCUAGUGGAGGAUGGCAAAAGGCUAGCGGAAAAUACGAGUACGAAGCUUCUAGCAAAAGCAAAACCAAAACCAGCAAAGGUGGUGCUGUUGUUCCAGUUUGUCUGCCGUUAUGCUGCGCAUUGCCAUGUGUCAUUAUGUAACUUAUUCUUGCAUUAAUAUAUUAUAUAAUCAAGCACAUAACGCGAUUUAAUGUCACGAUACAAUCAAAAAGAAACAUAGCCUGAGGAACUUUGAGAGAUCAAAUUAAGGUAUAAAUGCAAAAAUAUGCAAUUGAUGUUGGGUCAUGCUAUACACUUCGUAUUCUUUUCUCUUCAAGAUUUGAACAUACACAUAUAUAUCGUUUGAAAUGCCAGAAGUGCAGCUAAAAGAAAUCUAUAUAUAUAUAUGUGUGUUAACAUUUAACACACGAAUGAUCAUUUAUAUAACAUUAAAUGAGUAAUCAAAAUAAAUCAUACUGUCAUAUAUGUUAUAAAAGAGAACAUUGUUAAUAUGCUUCGUUAAUGUAUUUAUAGAUGAACAAAAAUACUUAUUUCUCUGAGCUAUUUAUUUUAUCUUUAUUGUUAUAAGUAUCGUCUUUCAGACAAAUUAAGAUUUUUUAAAAUAUGCUGCAAUAUGACAUACAUUAAAACUAAAUCCUUAAUACGAAAUAUCAUAUGUAAUGUUUCUGUAAAUUUCUCAAGUUUAUUAUUGCACAUUUAUAAACAAACUAAAUAAUAAAAUUAAUUAAUAGUCUCCAUAUAAUAAAAUAUCUUAAUAAAUUAGAAUUCUUGUUCAUAAAUAUACUUUUGUACUUUUAUUUAUAUCGCCUGCUGUUCUGCAAAUGUGAAUUGUACAUUGGUGUACAAUUGAUUACUUAAAUCAAAUAAUAAAAUUAAUGUUUAUAUUUUGCAAAAUAGUAAAUCUGUUAUAAUUA